AUGAUAACCAUUUUACUCUUGAUUAUUGCAAAUGUGAAAUCUUAGUCCUAAACUUUUUGUUCUGAAGGCUGUAAGAUCUUUACAGAUGCUACUGAAUGUGAUUAACUUAGACCCUUAUGUUCUUGGAGACAGGAAACCAAAACUUGCAUUAAAGGAUAUAUUAAGCCAUAAAUAAAUAUCUAUCCGUCUUAAAUCACUCAAUUCUGUUCAUAGAAUAAGGAUUAAUGUUCAAUAACCUAUGGUUGUUCAUAUUACAAUAAUAUUUGUACCAGAUUUUUAGGGUGUGAUGCUUAUCAGUCAUAUUCCGAGGAAGAUUGUUUGAAUAUAUCCUAUCUUUGUAUUUGGGAUAAUACGAAACAAGGAUGUGUUCGUAGUCCUGACUAUGACUCUAAGGGUGGCUUAAUUAAUCAAAGAGCAUGUAGUGCGGCUGGUUUGGCUUGGCGAAGUAAAGAAGGAUGUCCUAAAUAUUCGAGCCAAUGCAUUUUUAAUGGAAUAUUUUGCGUAGAAGCUUUAGGAAGUUGUAGUCAAUAUUAAACAACAAAAGAGAAUUGCCAGAAGUUAAUUGGAGGAGAUGGAUAGUGUACGUAAUCUGAUAGUGCAACAAAUUGCAUGGCUAAAACAUGUGGAAUGUACUAAACUAGUUAAUGCAAAUCUUAUCGAUCAGAUUGUUUUCUUGAUAGAAAUAGUCUAUGUCAAUAGAAAUAAAGAUGUGUAUCCAGUAAUGCCACUAAGAAAUCAUAAUGUUAAAAUAAAAUAGAAUAAGAUUGUUAUUUUGAUGGCAAGAGUUGCACACUAGUUCCAUUAUAAUACUGUUCUGAAUAUUCAAAAUCUUAAUGCAAAGGCUCAGUGGGAAAGGAUGGAAUUUGCAUAUUAGAAAAGGAUCAAUGCGUUAAAUUAGAUUGUUAAAAUGAUAAAAAUUAAUAAUAAUAUCGUGAUUUGGAAUUAUAUGAGGAUUAUUGUCAAAGUAUAAAUGUAUGUGAACAAAAGAAUGAAGGUUGUUAUCAAAUAGGCUAGGAAGGCUGUAAAAAUAUUAUGAAAAUAUCUACCGAUUGUCUUUGUUACAAAUGUAUUGUCAAUAAAUAGGAAUGUCUAUUUGCUAGUACUCAAUUAGAAUGUGUGUAGAAUUAGUAAUCAACUUCUACUAUUCCCUGUUAUUGGAAUGAAGAUAAGAAUUAUUGUCAAUUUGCUACUAGAUGUUCAUAAUUAUCAAAUCAAUCUUCCUGUUUGUAAUUGAAACCAUCUUGUGUAUAUCGUAAUAAUAAUUGUGUGGAUCUAAUAGAUUUAGACUGUCCUUAAAUUUAUAAUGAUAAGAAUGGAGAUUAGAUUUUGCAGAAAUAUUGUUUAUAAAAUCGUGGUUGUGCCAUUUUUAAUAGCAAAUGCAUAACUCUAUUUCUCAGUUGUGACAAUUAUACAAGUGAGGCCACUUGUUACAAAGAUAUUUUAAAUCAACCAUGUGUUUGGAAUUAUAAAACAAGUAAAUGUCUAAAUUACAAGGAGAGAUAGGGAUUACUCUAAAUAGAAUGUGAAUUAAUGAGUGACUAUUACAUAUAUCAAGAUGGCACUUGUCAAAUGAAAAAAAGCUGUGUUUUCUUAAAUGAAACAUAAAUUGGUUUAGAAGGGAGUUGCGCUCAAUAUAAAUUAGAUUAAAUUAAGUCUUCUAUUACUGCUUGUUCUGAACUUGAUGACAACUUAUGCUUAUAGUUCGAUAAUAUUUGUAAGAAGGUGAAGAUAAAUGAUACUAAAAAUAGUUGUUAAAAUCUAGAGUGUAGGGAUUUGACUUCAACCCAAUGCAAACCUAUUAAAGGGUUCAAAUUGUAGGACUACAAAUAUUGUAGACUAUUUGGAGAUAUCUGUUUAGAAGUCUUGCCUACAAAUCAAAAAGAUUGCUUGUUGUAUAGUGCAGGAUCUAAAUUCUUUCAUGACAAAUAUUGUGUAUCUUGCAAGAGAAACGAUGAAUGCAAAAUCCAAUAAAUUUAUUCUCUAUAAGUACCCACAAAUGAAAACUUCUAAUCCAAAUUAUCGAUUAUAAUGAUUAUCUUUUAUAUUUUAAUAAUAUAAUGA